UAAAGUUAAUUUCACUCCUCCCCUAAAACCUACAACUCACCUCUCAUUUGUUAGCUAACUUCAGAACAGAAAAGACUGAACCAGAGAACAGUAAUACAUACAUUGCUGCAGACUCCAAGGCAGAAAGAAAAUUACAAUCAAAAUCCAAUAAUCUGACAAAUGGAUCGCAGCCAGCCUUUCAGUGACACACGUCCAUAUCCAGGACAGUCUGGGGUCACUGUACAGCCUCCAGUUUUUGUGACCACUGUUCCACUGGCCAGACCAGUGCCAGAUCACUUGGGCUACUCCAUCUUUACCCUACUGUGCUGCUGUUUUCCUCUGGGCAUUGCUGCGCUGGUUUUCUCCUGCUCUACUCGAGAUGCCAUCUACUCAGGACAGCAAGAAUUAGCAAAGAGGCAUUCCAAAACAGCGCUCAUGCUGAAUCAUAUCGGCCUUGGGAUUGGCUUGGUUAUUAUUGUAUUGAUUAUUUUCAACCAGAUGAUGAAAUGAAGAUAAAAGCUUUUAGAGCUGAAAUGGCUGGAAGCAUCUUAAAAACAGAUUUGUUUUUCUUUAUGUUACUUGUUCAAUUUAUAAUUAUUCUUAUGCUUUUAGGCUGAUUAUUCUAUGUUUAAACCAAGGCUACCAUGCAGUUUUCUGUUCUCUUUACUUCUAAAAUGUUUUGUUUAGGCUUUUGGCUUAUUUUAAAUAUCUUGUGUGCAGCUGGGUUUUUUUUUCACAAACUUAAACAGAAAUGAAAGUUUUAGUCAAAUACUCAAAUCAGAAAGUGCAUUAUGGGAACACCAGUAUCAGAAAAGUUGAGUAGAUUUUACUCAAUAUAAAAUUGCUUUUUUUAUUGCCUGAACUAACUUUUUCAUGUAGAAAUUAAACUUGUUUUUCUGUAGUAUUUACUUCAUCACAGAAUCAUUUUUAGCAUGGAGUGCUGACAGAAAGAAAACUAGUUUGGUAUGAUGGCUAGAAUUAUUAUUUUUUUCUAAAUAAGACAACAAUUUGCUAUAUUUCUAAUACCAUAUUGUAAUACAGUCCUUGUCCAAAAAUAAAUAACUAAAUAAAUAAUA